CUUCUUCUACUGACACGCCCAUGUGGCACAGUACACACCUGAUUGGCUAGGAAUACUCAGGAAGCAUAGCGUUAAUUGGUGUGAGGGUGGAAUGUGCCUUCCCGCCAGGUGUAUACUUCGAUUUCAUUGGCUGUUAUACUGCCGUCCUGUUAUAGGGUCGACGCUGAAACAGGAAACAGACAAAGUGUCUGUUGCUGAUGUUUCUUCAGGAUAAUGAGUCAGUAGUUCUGACUGAUCAGGGAUCACUGACCGAGGAUGUGAUUGUUUCACACGGCGAUGGAGCGAUGGAUCCCACGGGAGCUAACGAAGUUAGCAUAGCUUAUAAAGUGUUUACGUUUGAAGACAACAGCGCAGAGUGUCUGUCAGUGUCAAUACCUGAGGUCAGUCCGCAUUCUGUCAACUGACGUCAUAAUGUGCUGGACCCACAGUAUGGCAUGUACGUGUGGCCGUGUGCGGUGGUCCUGGCCCAGUUCCUGUGGAGCCACCGGGAGGAGCUGAAGGACCACACGGUGCUGGAGCUCGGGGCGGGUGUGAGUCUCCCCGGCGUGCUGGCUGCGAGGUGCGGUGCGAAGGUGCUGCUGUCGGACAGCGCCAGGAAUCCGCUGUGUCUGGAGAACUGCAGGCGAAGCUGUGACGCGAACCGCCUCCGUGAUGUGGUGGUGUUGGGUCUCACCUGGGGGGAGGUCUCCCCGGACCUCGUGCUGCUUCCUAAACUGGACAUCAUCCUGGGAUCAGACGUUUUCUACGAGCCUCGAGAUUUCGAAGAUGUUCUCGUGACUGUUGCUUUUCUUCUGAGGAAAAAUCCCAGAGCACAGUUCUGGACCACGUACCAGGAGAGAAGCGCUGAUUGGUCGAUUGAACCGUUGCUCCGCAGAUGGAACAUGAACUGUGUUGACAUCCAGUUGGAAAGCUUUGGUGCCGAUAAAUCUGAGCUGGCCGGAUCGACUCUGCCGGGCAGCCACAGUGUCCACAUGAUGAUCAUCACACUGAACACAAGGGAUUUGGACUGAAGAUGAAUAAGUGUCUCCCAGAGGACUGUCCGGUGAAAUAACAAGAUGAUCGUCUCCCAGUAGAACACAGUCACGUUUUGAUUUGCAGAUCCAAUUUUAUAUGUAAAAAUGUGUUUUAAAAAUGAAUCCUGAUUAAAAUGUUUUGAAUCUCAA